CAAUAUUAUGAUCUAAAAUACAAAUCUACCGAGUGCUAGCUACAUAAAGUUUUGUAGUGAAUGUGUGAUAGAUAUUUAACCACCAGAAUGAAAAGAAAACAAAUUCUAACAUAAAACAGGACUUUAAACCAAACAAAUUCUAAUUUGUUCUGCUGCCAUUGUCUGCCAUCUUCCGAACUGAUAGAUUUUCUCUAUUAAAAAAAAUCUAAUAGAGAGAGAGAGAGAGAGAGAAAGAGAGAGAAACAAAUUUGAAGAUACAGCAAAGAAAGGAAGGUGGGAAGAUGUUGUGUUUGAUUCUCUGAAUGUAAUGUAAAAACCAAGGCAAAGACAUACCCCAUUUCCCUCUCUCUUCCUUCAUUCCUUCUUGAUUACCUACUACUGAAAACUCCAUUUCAUCCCACCACCACCAUUUCAUUUUCUUCUUUUCCUUUUCUCUUAACUCGUUUAAUCUAAGAACAAUGCCUAGAAUCCCAUCAACAUUUCUCAACCUUCUUCAUUGGGAGUUUUGUAUUUGACUGCACUAAAUGUCUGUUAAUCGAAGGAGAGGAGCUCUGUUGUUUUCAUUUUUCGACUCAGCAGAUAACUGAGUCUGCAACAUUGACCGUGAGCGUUCAGUUUUUGUUUUCCUUGUAUGUUAGAGGAAAAACGAAAUGGCACCUGAUCUAAACACAACACUUUCCAAGAAGACGUUUGUUUUUGGUAUGAAGGUAUGGGUGUUUACUGGAAUCUUGGUGGGGGUGUUUAUUGUAAUAGUCCUUGUGGUUCUAUCAAUAUGUGUGGUUACUUCACGAAGAAAAUCUAGAAGGGUAAGUGGGAUGCUUCCUCUCAGCCGUAUUUCCAUAGCAUCAAAGGAAAUCAAGGAGAUUGGAGUGGAUCAUGUUUCAGCAAUCCAGCACGGCCCUGUCCCCCACGAUGGAUUCGACACGGAAUCGGAAAAAGUUCUUUUGUAUUCAAACAAGGCAUAUAAUUACAGCAUAUCAAGCUCAGUUGAUAACACAGAGAUAUAUGCUAUUGGCUCUGGAGAAGGAAGCAAGGAAGCAAGUGUUUUGCAUAGGCCUUCAGAUUCAAUACCACCGGAUCCUUCGCCACUCGCCGGUCUGCCAGAAUUCUCACAACUGGGAUGGGGUCACUGGUUCACCUUAAGAGACCUGGAACUUGCAACAAUGCAGUUUUCAAAUGAUAAUAUAAUUGGGGAGGGAGGAUAUGGAGUUGUUUACCGAGGUCAUCUGAUCAAUGGGACACCUGUGGCUGUCAAAAAACUUUUAAAUGUAGGACAAGCGGAAAGGGAAUUCAAGGUGGAAGUAGAAGCGUUUGGGCAUGUGCGACACAAAAACUUAGUUCGGCUGCUGGGAUACUGCAUUGAAGGAACACAUAGGAUGCUAGUAUAUGAGUACGUAGAUAAUGGAAAUCUAGAGCAGUGGCUUCACGGAGCCCUAUGUCAUCAUGGAUAUCUCACUUGGGAAGCAAGAAUCAGAAUUCUCCUUGGUACUGCUAAGGCAUUGGCAUAUUUGCAUGAGGCAAUCGAGCCAAAAAUCGUGCAUCGAGAUAUCAAGGCGAGCAACAUAUUGAUUGAUGAUGAGUUUAAUGCAAAGCUAUCAGACUUUGGGCUAGCUAAAUUACUCGGUUCUGGGAAGAGUCACAUUACCACCAGAGUUAUGGGUACGUUUGGAUAUGUGGCACCAGAAUAUGCCAAAUCUGGACUUCUAAAUGAGAAGAGUGAUGUUUAUAGUUUUGGAGUGGUCCUUUUAGAAGCAAUUACUGGAAGAGACCCCGUCGAUUAUAGUCGCCCAGCACAUGAGGUAAAUUUGGUGGAUUGGCUAAAGAUGAUGGUGGGAAGCAAACGGUCAGAAGAGGUGGUAGAUCCAAAUAUAGAAAGAAAACCAUCAAUUAGUGAACUGAAGCGAGUUCUCUUGACUGCUUUGAGGUGUGUGGAUCCAGAUGCUGAUAAGAGGCCUAAGAUGAGCCAAGUUUCUCGCAUGCUUGAGUCUGAAGAAUAUCCAAUUCGUCGACAGGACCGAAGACCCAGAAAGGGCCAUGCUACUGCGACCAAAAAGGAACCUGAGAAACAGGAGAGAGGACCAAGACGACACAGAUAAGAUACAGAGAAUGAGACUUUCAAAUGCGAAAGAAUGAAUAGAUGCAUAAAAUAGCAGCAUGUAAGUUUCAAACUUCCAAAUUCUCUGUGGAGGUUGGUCACUCCAGUAGAGCAAGCAAGGAAGAGAAAUGAUUUGGUGGUGUUCCCAAUCCCAAUCAUUGUUUUAGUGUACAGUUCCAUCUUUCCAUCGCUGGCUUUGAAACAGGUCCAAAGUUUUUGUAACUUUUUUUCUCUCUUGGGGUGGCAUUAUCUGCUCACUUUACCAUUCAGGUAUUGAAUGGUCAAUGUUCAUGAGGACCAAUACUAGAAAAGUUUCCAGAUGUAGUAUAUUCUAAGUUAGACCACAUUUCUAGUCUUUAUACUUGGACUCUUCAAUGUUUUCUUUAAUACACUUCUUUUUUGUAAUACAAUGACCUGGGCUUUGAGUUCUUGAAAUAUAAUGAUAAAUUUCAAUGAUUUAGUCUUUUGUAAUGACUAAA